AUGACCAGCUCUUGUGCCAUUCUCGGCGCCGUUAGUUUCCUAUGCUUGCUUUUCCAAAGUACUUACUGGUGCAUCCUCGAGCCGUAUAAGAAUCAUCUCCGUGGCUUACCGACGGUCUCUUCACUACUCAACUCGUCUACCAUCACUCUCGAGGUCACCAACGCAACUUCCACCGAGGCAUUGGUGUCGUCGAACUCGAGCGUGUUCCAUCUCGUGAGCAGCGAGGACUACUGGAAAGUCGACGAAGGACGGGAGAUUCUCAAGUCGCGGGUAGCCGAAGCUGCUGCUUCCGUCGACGAGGUUGUCGCCGACCUAGCCGGACUAUCUGGUCGACCGUACAAUGCUACCACCCGUGCUGUUAUGGUCUUCUUACCGGUCGCUCCUGCUCCGCGUUUCCGUCGGGAACUAAGAGCUCUGUUCUUAUCAUGGUUGUUGGUGAGACUGGACGAACCUAGCGACCUCCGUACUGACUUCGUAAUUUUCACUGCUGGCGAAGGUCGGGAGGUCGCAGAAAAGAUUGGUUGUUCUAUCAAACGACGCGAGACCAGAGGAGACCCCAGCCGGUGCAUCAUUCUGUCGUACGAGCCUUUGGGAGAUCGACCAACACCAGCUAGUGAGCCCAGUGAUCCACUGCGUGACUACACUGCUUAUGUUGACUGUAUGGUUACUAUCGCUGAGUACGAAGACUUCGAGUACGACUACAUCCUUCGCACGGAUCUUGAUACCUUCCUCAUGCCUGGUUUUGCCGACUGGAUCCCGGGAGAGCGCGACCAGCUCAUCGUGGGCCGGGGUGGCUACUCGAGUGAGAACGCUAAUAUGCACCUCAAGUACGUUACGAAGACCCUUGGCCUUCGCGAUGACAAGGACUUGAAAAGCCUUGGGAGCACCUGGUUUGGUAAUCUCAAGUUGUUCAGAGCCACUGCCAGGCUGGUCCUUGCCGUUAUGAGAUGGUUACUUACCCAGGAGUUCUCUGAAUUCGAGAGAUGCUGUUCACACGUCGCGAGUUGGCCGCACUGGCAUCGAGCAGUUACUCUUCUCUACGGUGGACACGUUGCUCUUAAUCACAUCGGCGAUAGCGUGCUUAUAUCUGGCGCUAAGAACGGUUUUAUGGAUUUCUCAUCGGUCAAGACCGAGCCGGUUAAUCAUGAACAGAUUAAACAUGUUCACUGCUGGCAUACUCGAGAAAUGUUUUCGAAGUUCGAAUUCCAUAAAGUCAAUUGA